GUAAUUUAAAUCAAAGUUUUGAACGUGCACGAAUAUGAAAUAUGGCAUUCUAUAUAAUACUACUACUAUGAUUACAUAAUUGUUAUUUUAUCUUAGACACUUAUUUUGUGAAUUUUUGUACUCAUUAAGUAUAUUCAUAAUAUUUCCCUUCUUUUUCAAAUUUGGAAUAGCGCAACGAUUUUUUAUUGAUUGAAAUUAUUAAUCUUUUGAAAAAAAGUCAAGUUUUGAUCGCGCAACUAAAGUCGUUAAAUCGAAAACAGUUCGAAAUCGAAACACGAUUACCGCUUCUCUGAAUUGUCUGCGCCGGCAUACAGAGAGAGGGAGAAUGGGUCUCAAAAUCGGAGGGGAAGUGGAGAAGGUUAACGGGAAGGAGCUGACCUACGCCGAAUUUGUCGAAAAAUAUCUCGACAGAAACCAUCCGGUAAUCCUAACCGGGCUCACCGACGAUUGGCGUGCCUGCAAAGACUGGGUUUCCGGCGACGGCAAGCCCAAUCUCCGGUUUAUCUCCGACCAAUUCGGCUGCUCCAGAGUUCAGGUUGCGGAUUGCGCUACGAGGGAAUUCACUGAUCAAAAGAGGUUGGAAAUGUCGGUUUCCGAAUUCAUCCAGCUUUGGAUCAGUAGCUCGAGCUCUGAUAAUGGCGGCGCUGAUGGAAAGCCGUUGCUGUAUUUGAAGGAUUGGCAUUUUGUAAAGGAGUAUCCGGAUUAUGCUGCCUACAGCACACCGGUUUUUUUCCUCGAUGAUUGGCUGAAUCUAUAUCUUGAUAAACAUCAUAUGCAUGUUGAUCCCGAGAGUUACCAAGAAAGGAAUGAAGUGAAUUGCUCUGACUAUCGUUUUGUGUACACGGGAGCAAAAGGUACAUGGACUCCUCUUCAUGCCGAUGUGUUCAGAUCAUAUAGUUGGUCAGCAAACGUAUGUGGCAGGAAACAGUGGUAUUUUCUGUCUCCGAGUCAACAUCACCUUGUGUUCGACAGAUAUAUGAAGUCUUCUGUCUAUAAUAUCUUUGAAGAUGUUUGCAAAUCAAAAUACCCCAAAUUUGAAGAGGCAGUCUGGUUGGAAUGCACUCAGGAACGAGAUGAAAUUAUCUUCGUCCCCAGUGGCUGGUACCAUCAAGUUCAUAAUCUGGAGGAUACAAUAUCAAUCAAUCACAACUGGUUCAAUGGUUACAACAUUUCUUGGGUGUGGGAUUUGCUUUUGAGAGAAUAUCACGAGGCUGCUGGAUACAUUGAAGACCUCAAGGAAUGCAAUGAGUUUGAGGAGCUUUGUCAGAGAAAUCUCGCAGCUAAUGCAGGAAUGGAUUUUAGAGAUUUUUUCAUCUUCUUGAUUCGGUUUGCAUUAGCCAACUUUGUCAUGCUCUACCAAAUAACAAGUUCCAAGGGGUUCAUCAACCUGAAUUCGUCUGAAGCCUCCCAGUUUUUCCUUUUCAACCUUAAAAACAUCAAAUGCAUUACUCUGAAGAUGAUAUCUGAACCCGGAUGGCAAAAUUGCAGUACUGCUGCUACCGAUCUUGCAGAAACAUUUGAAGAACAGUCAUUCAUGGACUUCUGUGAUUCUUUAGGAAGAACUUAUAGCAUGAUGUAUAACCUAAGUGGAAUCGAUUUCAGUCAAAUUCGAACUCUUUUCGAUCACGAGCAAACCAGUGGUCUUUACCCUUACGGUUCUCACAUCUGUAAUCCUGACGACCUAAUUACAUUUCUCGACCAUGCCUUCAGACUAGUAGGAAGCGAAAGUUGAUGAAUACAUCCCUGUAACUUCUCCUCAUUGAUUCUGACCAUCGCUGUCAAGGAAGAGCCUCGGUUAGAGAAAAGUUCAAGUUCUAUCAUCACUCACGGUUUAUGGUAAAUGCAUGUGAGAAAUUUAGAAAGGCACUGCACAAUAUUUAUUGGAAAUCAGCUUCAUGGUUGUCCAAAUUUAGCAGAUAAGAGGAAAUGUAAGUAGUGAAUUGUAGACAAUUGGAUCUAUCAAAGUAGUUUUCAUGGUUGUCCAAAUUUAUGCUUGAAGUAAAUAUUCAUCACUUUUUGCUUUUGGUUUGUACUUGAAUAGAUGUGUUCUCAACCUCACUGGAAAAAGAUUUUAUUUUUAUUGGCUGUGAAA